AUGGCUGGUAAACUUUUAGGUCGUUUUUCUCAGUCUCAUAACGAUGCAAUUAUCGAUAUUACGGUAGACAACGCAAUGUUUUCUGGAACAACUUGUCCACUCACAUGGAUAGAAGAUCAUGCUUUUCAUUACUUAUAUAAUGGUGAUUUCUGGUAUUAUAUACGAAAUGGAAAUAGUUAUGAAGUUAUCAAACAUGAUGCCAAUAUAGGUCAUCACAAAAUACAUCCUGAAGAAAAUAUGCAACCAACAAUUAUUGGAACACAAGAAGGUUAUCCACAACAACUCGACGAGAUCCUUGAUGAUUUAAAUGAAUCUUCAUCAUGUUGGUCAUACGUAGGUGAAGAAAUCACUCAAUGGCGUACAAUCAAUGCUAUAUUCUAUCGUCAUGAUAUAUUAUCACUUAUUUCAACAAAUACUUUUUGGUUCAAUGAACAUCCAUUGACAUUUGGUGCUGCUUGGGGUGCUAUAGGAUCUCGUGGUUGUACUCGUGCUCAUUUUCAACAUAAACUUACAGGUCAUCCAUUUAUUAUUUACAAUCUUCAUCUUGAUUAUCCAUCUCAAAAUGCUCGACAUCAUUCCAUACCUGUUCUUCUAUCACAGAUAAAUCAGAGUGAUAAUCAAAUUGAUAAUGUUAUUGUCAUUGGAGAUUUUAAUAAUUGGCCAGAAAAAAUUGCAGGUGAAAUACCUGUAGAUGAACUGAUUCUAUUAGGACAGAAAGCAUCUGAAAUUCAACAAAUGAAACAAGCUGGUUUUGUUGAUACAUAUCAACAUGGUGAAAUCCCAUCAUUUAAUGGUUUUCAAUCAACUGGUUAUGGUCCAAAAAUUGAUUUUGUUUGGAUAUCAUCAAAUAGUAUUUAUCGUGUUGAAGGUGAAACAAAAAUUGAUGAAUUUCAUGAUAAUAAUGGCUCUUUUCCAUCGGAUCAUUUUCCUGUGUAUGCUGAUUUAGUUCAUAUUUCAUAA